GCUUCAAUGAAAACUGCCAGCAGCUGUCGUCUCUCCAGGCCCCUGCGCUCAUUUCUUCCGCUGCACUGCACUGUCUGGAGCACGGCUCUAGAAAUCUGACCUCUUCGAGGACUGUAACCUCUCCGCGACAUCCAUCUGCGAUUCCGGCGGCAGUCGGCCAGCCUGUCGCGACGCGAAUCGGCAUCAAGGUUGUCUAGUUGGGCGCGCAUCGAAACCCCGCCGCAUCUUCUGCCGACGGUCAAGAUGGCGCCUUUCCCCGAAGAAGUGGAUGUGUUUUCGGUGCCGCAUUCGAGGAUGAAGCGGCUCGUCGAAGUGUACAACGAAAAGCUGGGCUGCACGGAUUUCGCCGACUACGGUGCACUGGAGUCCCUCUUGCACGAGUUGUACCAGACCUUCCGCGAAUUCCGGUGCCACGAGCAGAUCGAGAACCAACUCAUCAUGACCAAGUUGAAGAAAAAAUUGAAGGCGCUUUCUAUUCACGAUUCGGCUGUCUGCAACUGCCACAGCGACAACCGUCUGUCAGAUAUGCUGGCCUUGGUUCGUGACGGUUACUCUUGCACCAACAAGUCGGCAACGGAACGUGUCAACUAUGGCCUCAAGCUUCAGCACGCCCUCAUUGAGUUCACCGAGAAGUUCUUGCCUCACAUGAAAGAAGAGGAGGAGGUCUUUCAGCCCAUGCUGAUCCAGUACUUUGGGUAUGAAGAGCUCAAAUUGCUGAAGGAACGAGUGAUUCGGGAGCACACCAAGUGGCAGCAGCAGUGUUCCCAGGAGAAAUGCCACAUAGAGCUUGAGAAUGUUGACCAGAAGGCAGACAGUGAUGAAGAUGACACUGAUGAGCUGCCAUCGUGGGCUGACAUGCCUCAGGAGAUUUUGUUCGACAUCUUCUCGCGUCUGAAUGCCCGCGACCUUUCGAUCUGCGGCGGUGUGUGCAAGAGUUGGUAUGGCGUCUCUCGCGAGCCGGCCCUCUGGAAGGAGCUGAUGCCCGUACACUGGGCUCUGGGGUUAUGGGACCACGUUCCACUAUGGCCAGACCCUUAUUACGAAAGCAAGAAAGGCAAAGGGCAUGCUGAUGAAGACGCAGAUUUCGAUGAAUCCAGCGGGAGCUCCUCGGACGAAGAUUCACCUUCAAGUCCUUCCGCAGACACCUUGAGAAAGGAGGCGACUGUGUUGAAUUGCCUUGUCAAAUAUCUCCUGCCCGUCGUUGGCAACGGAGUCCGAAAAGUUGUGCUUGCCACAUCUCAUGCCCUCAAUAGCCGCUUGCUAAGAUCCAUUCUGAAGCUUUGCCCCAAAGUUUGUCACCUGGACAUCUCGUACACUGGCAUUGGGGACACAUCAUUCAAAGGGCUCGAAGAACAUGGCGCAUGCUCCCAGCUUGAGCACGUUGACUUGUCCGGUUGCUCCAUGCUGACGGAUGUUGGCCUCUCUCGGCUGGCACAGUGUCUGCUCCAGCGGCGGAGAGCCUCGACAAACGUUUGCCCUGCGAGUUUGUGGCAAGACGCCCUUACGUGGCAUUGCGACCGGUACAACAUCGGCAGUUCACCGUCCUCAAAUCUGUCUUUUAACUCCCUGGAUGCAUGGGACACUCCCGCAGAGGCCGUGAGCCAGUCCACAUCUGUCGUUGUACAUGGCAGGAGCCGAUUUUGCGAUGGUUGUCCAUUCAGAAGCCGUUGCAAUGGCAUUGUUAACGUCUUGUCGGAGUUGGACCUCUCCGACUCUGAUGGUGCAGCGUCCCUCAACCUGUCAACGAAGCAGGAUCCAACGCAGGAAGGCUCAAGCAGUCUCGGUGGAUUGAGACACCUGAAUCUUUCAGGGUGCUUCAACAUCGCAGACAGUGGGCUCUUAUAUCUGGCCAACUGGGACCUGCUGAGUCACCUUGAGUACCUUGACGUUUCGGGAUGUUUCCAGCUGACUGGUGAGGGCCUAAGGGAACUCAUGCUGGGCACCCCGCGCCUGCAACCUACGAAUCUCUUCUACUGCGACUACGUUGACAACGGCCCAUUCCAGGACACCGCGAAUGGUUGCCAGAACCUGCAAUGCUUUUCGCGAGCUUGCUGUCAGUCAGGAGAGUAGGUCGCUGUGGGAGGGGAUCCACGGGAAGUGGUAAUCUGUUUUAGCCAAAGCUUUAAAUGUGUUGUGAAGAAAAACCAAGAAAUUGGCAGAUGCGAUACAACUUUCAAGUGGCACUGCGCAGGCAGCCAGAGCCGGUGAACAACUUUGGGAGCUUAAGAAGAGCAGUAAAGUUGUAGAAUUUGUGUAUAUUGGCUUUAAGAAAUGAUUAGCAAGCAAAAAAUAUGUUCAAAUAUGGAGAUGCUGAACAUGUGACAAAUGACAGUUAAGCAUAAAAGCAGUAUUGCUUCCAAGUGCUAUCCAAGCAUCACUUCUUCCUCUGCACCCUUAUAAAAAAAAAAAGACGAAUUUGACGAUUUCAUGAUUGUUAAUGCCAUUACAUGACAGAUAAUUUAAGUUGUUAGGCGCACUAGCAUUCGACAGUUGCGUAAACAUUAAUUGACGAAAAUUUUAUUGCGCAUAUGAACACUAGGCGCCCAGUUGAUACAUGCUCGCGCUUUUAUGUGCCGCUCCUAUGGCUACCUGCAUAUUUUAGUGAACCUGCAGUUGUUAUACAGAAUAUGUUUUCUAUAUUCCUUCUCCAAUUUAUCAUUUGUUCAUGUCGCAUUUCCAGACUGAACUGGAAUGCUUAGGUGCGAGGUGAUGACAAGGUGGUAACGGAACUGAAAAGUUGCGCUAGAUGGGGCAAGUUUGUUGUGCGAAAAGUCCACGUUAAAUUCAGCAACCUAUAAGGACAGUAGAAAAGUGCUAACCUUUGCCAGAGAAUUGUACAGUUUGACUAGAGUGGUAAACAGAACAGUUCAAAUCAGUCUGUUGGAAGUGGGAUGCAAGAAGGAUGACACUGUAUAUUGGAGAGUAUUUUGUAUGCCUAUGGAUGGAACAUGGAGACAGGUGUAGCUUCUCCGCAAAGCUUUCUGGUCAUGAAGGAUGUCAUUCAGCAUUACUGAAUCUUAAAGAUACGGCAAUUCUUUGAAACUCUCCUCUUCUGUACAAAUCACUUAUUUAUGCUUUGCUGCAACCUUGCUAGACAAGUUGCAGAGCGAAAAGGGAUAGUUUACAGUAGUGAAAGCAUUUCAAGGCUAUUCAUACAUUGGCACGUCGCAUGGGAUAGCUAUGCGUAACAUGCUGAUGGAAGGAAUGAAAAUGUACAUUUUUGAAUUGUUGUGCACUGUCCAAGGAAAAGUUAUUGGGAUUAUAGGGCUUAAGUGACAUCGAGAAGAAAGACAACGAGGAUUUGCUCUAACAUUGAACUCAAAGUUAGCUGCCAUUCUUGUCUUUUCCAAGUCACUUCAGUGCUUUUAA